AUUGGUUACUCUCUAAUGGAAGCACAGAAAUCGAUCAAGAUAGGGAAUUCCUCUGUUCUUUGUGUGCUCUCUUCUCUUACUAUAAUAAUUUGUUUCAACAGCUCUUCUCUAAUCCAAUCAAUCUCAUUAUUUCAGUGGAGGAUACAGGGAUAGGUAUUCCUCCAGAGGCGCAAUCCCGUGUUUUCACUCCUUUCAUGCAAGUGCGCCCAUCAAUUUUUCGAACACAUGGGGGCACAGGUAUUGGGCUAAGCAUAAGCAAAUGUCUCGUUGGCCUCAUGAAUGGGGAGAUUGGAUUUGUAAGCAUACCCCAGGUGGGAUCCACGUUUACCUUUACUGCAGUUUUCAAUGAUGCCUGUUCUACCUCAAAAGAGUGCAAGGGCCAGCAAGUGAAAGGACAAGGUGACUCUGGCACCUCAGAAUUUCAUGGUAUGAAAGCAGUGGUAGUUGACAGAAGACCUCCGUGCCAAUGUAUGAAAGUAUCAUAUCCAGAGGCUUGGUAUUCAUGUUGAGGUAGUUGCAGACUUGAACCAGUGCUUCCACACCAUACAAAGUGGGAAUUGCAGAAUAGAUAUGGUGCUCUUGGAAUGGGAAAUUUGGGAUAAGGACUCUGGUUUGUCAGCAAUCUUUCUGGAUAAAUUGAGGGACAUGAAGCCACGGGUGUCUCCACGGUUGUUUCUUCUAUCUAAUUCUAUCAGCUCUAGUGGGAUGAGUGGUGCGACUACAGAUGCUACUGGUCCAUCUGUGAUCAUGAAGCCUCUAAGGGCUAGUAUGCUGGUAGUGUCUUUACAGCGCAUCAUGGGAGCUGGAAACCGAAUAAGUUGCUCCAAUGGGGAGUCUCCGAGUCUGUCUCUCCGCAACCUUCUCUGUGGCAGAAAAAUCCUAGUCGUGGAUGACAACAAAGUAAAUCUCAGAGUGGCCGAGGCAGCUUUGAGGAAAUAUGGAGCUGAUGUGGUUUGUACGGACAGUGGGGAAAAAGCAAUUGCUUUGCUCAGACCACUGCAUGAUUUUGAUGCCUGCUUCAUGGAUAUCCUGAUGCCAGAAUGGAUGGGUGGUGAUAAUGGAUACGUGCAUCUAAUGGUUCUAUAA